ACACCCACACAAAAGGCAACUUGAAACGUACAAUAUUGAGCGCAAUGUGCUGAAACGAUGCAACCCUUCAAAAGUUUCAAAGCAACCUUUAUUGAAUUCCGACAACGUUAGCUUCAAUAUGGCUGCAGCAACAUUAACAACGAGGCGAAUUGUUGGUAUCGUGGUGGCUGUUGUUGUCUUAUUCGUGUUGGGUUUUGUAAUAGGCUGGGUAUCAGCGCCGAGCGAUGAGGAUUCCACCAUCCGGGUAUCAGUGCCGAGCGAUGAGAAUUCCACUUGUGGCGAUGAGAAUUCCACUUCCAGCGAAACGUAUGAUAUGAAGUAUAUUGCGGAGAAACGCAAGGAAGAAAUGAAAACGAAAGAUGGUUUCCAUGAAAAGUUGAUUGAAAUUCUAAACGCUAGUAAGAUCGGUGAAAAUCUUAGGUGAGCGAUACGAUCAGGCUUAGAUGUUUUAGAUUCCAGUGUCAAGUGCUAACUGAGUACGUCCAUAUUUACAACUCGGAAAAAAACAGCGGUACUUGGAAAUUAUAAUCAGGCAAUUGCAUAUUACAGGAAUCAAAAGCUGGUCAUAGUGUUGAAAGGAACAUAGAUUGAUCGACUGGCCUUGAAUACCCAGGCCAAGAUCCCGUUUUCGCACGACCAACAGGCCAGACCUCUGACAAUCAGACAGUAUCCACUGUUGUGUCUCAUGUGUCGAUCUAACAUUCUAUGUCGAUCAAAUAUACUUUGGGCUCUGUAUUGUGUAAUACACUGCCGUAUUUUAGUUGUGUCAGAGCUAUCGGAAAAAGUCGUUAGCACUUCAAAUGAAAUGUUGGGUGUUUUAAAUCUUUUUCAGAUUGUAAAUCACUAUCUACAUUAGAAGUAUGCAGACAGCUCAGGCAGCUUAAUUUUAUAUACCGCUUUGAACUUUGAACUGAUACUGCUAAACGGGUGUAACAGGAAAUAUGCCCCCCGGGCCGGGGCAGCCCCUCAAACAAAAUAUGUCUCUCCCUAAUGGGUAUUCAGUGUGGUAACUGCUUUCAGAUUUGCUACAAGCCGACUCGUAUAAUUUAGCUGCGGGUUGUUGAAGUGCAGAUUUUAAAUUACGCUACCGAAAUACUGCCAAAAAUUUUGAAAUCUCUAAAACCCAAAUCCUCCAAAACCGCUGAUAAUCUCGCAAAAACGUCCUAGGUAUUAAUUUUGCAAGGAUUUUGAAAUCACCAAAAUUCGCGUACGCUUUCGUUUCUUUCGCAAGUAGACAAUGAUUGUAACCAUGGUGAUGGUGGGGGUGAUGGUAAUGAUCUUGGUUAUGGUGGUGGUGAUGGUGGUUAUGAUGAUAGUGGUGACGAUGGUGAUGAUGACGAUGAUUAUGAUGAUUAUGAUGAUGAUGAUGAUGAUGAUGAUGAUGAUGAUGGUGGUUAUAAUGAUAGUGGUGAUGGUGGUGAUGAUAUAACCAUACAUUUCGUUCACAGGUAUUUCUCAAAGCGACCCCAUGUUGGAGGCACUCCGCGAUCCAAAGAACUGGCAGAUGAAAUAGAAAAAAGAUGGCGCGAGUACAAGUUCGAUAAAAUAGAACAACCAAAAUAUAAUAUUCUCCUACCUUACGUUGACCCAGAUAUCUCCAAUUCCGUACAGAUUCUGAAUUCCAAAGGUGAUGUGACUUUUGAGUUUUCUGGAAGAGAAAAGGUGCAGUACUUUAAUUUAUACUCUUUGUGUAGGAAAAGCUGUUGUGUUCAAAUAAACUCAAACCAUUUGGUGAAAAUGAUUUCUGAAUGUUCCAACCAAGAAUCGAAAGUUUCAGAUUUUUCACUGGAUGAAAUCACUGUCCUAUUGCUUUCAUCCAUUGAUAGAUAAAACGGACAUACGCUAACACAUCACUAUACUCUAUUCUAAGGAGAAGACCCUAUAAGUGAAUGUGUAUUUAAUAAUUACUCAACAUUUCAAUUUCACGUCUUAUUUUCAUCCUUCAGUUGGCAGAUCCGAGCGAAAAUGACACGACGAUGAUAGCACCUUUACUAGGCUACGCCAAGCAAGGAUCGGCCAAAGGCAAGCUGUUGUAUGUGAAUUAUGGAAGAUCAGAAGAUUUUCAAGUGUUGAAACAAAAUUUUAGUAUUUCAAACUGCAGUGGCUACAUCGUCAUUAUGAGAUACGGAAAAAUAUUUCGCGGUGACAAGGUUAAGAUUACACUAAAAAUACUUUAUCUAUAUUGGAUUAUGAUUACUACCAUCAUCAUCACCCCCUUUACCACAAUCAUCAUCGUUACCAUCACCACCAUCAUCACAAUCAUCAUCAUCAUCACAAUCAUCACAAUCAUCACCACCGCCAUCACCGUCAUCAUCACCAUCAUCAUCACCGUCAUCACCAUCAUCAUCACCGUCAUCAUCAUCACCAUCAUCAUCACAUGAACAUCAUAUCAUCGCCCCUAAACAAUUACUGGCGUAACUACCAUCGUCAUCACGCCAUCACCACCACCAUUAAAGCUAACAUCCAAAGAACCCACUAACAUUCUUUCAAAACUUGCAGGUAAAACACGCCCAGGACUGCGGAGCGGUGGGCGCCAUUUUAUACAACGACCCCGCAGAUUAUGCACCCGAAGGCCAGGACAAGGUUUACCCACAAUACAUCUGGCUCCCAAAGACUGGUGUCCAGCGCGGUAGCAUAUUUAAUGGUCGUGGAGAUCCUCUGACACCUGGCUUGCCAUCCGUAGACGGAGUAUUCAGACUACCCGAAGACAAGGCUAACCUGCCCAAAAUCCCAGCCACCCCGAUGCCUUACGGUGAUGCAGUUGAAGUCUUAAAAAUCAUGGAAGGCAAGUGA